UCAGAGGAACUCAGACAGAGAAACAUGGCGCAGAGCUGGAGAGCUGUCUCCGGGCUGCACAGGUGAACAGCCGCGGACACGGACUCUGCGUCUCCCCGGAAGUCAGUGACGGAUUACCCUGUGACUGCUGACCGCCUGCCCGACCACACUUACCCACAUUUCUGCCUUCCCUGCACCUUGCGGGACCGGACGGACGCGGGAGGGAAGAGGCGGUGGAGCAGAGUUGACAGCCACCGUUCACCUGAAUGUGUGCCGACCAUUUUAGCUAACUGAGGUUAAAUAGCGCGGUGUGGGAGCUUGUUCUUGACCCCCAUCGAGCCGGGGCUGUUUCCUCCCGCACUCAGCUGUUAGCCGGUCGAUAGCAACACAUGAACAUGGUUCGGUGAACUGUUGCUCCUGUAUAACACCAGCUUAGGGAACAGUGUCCGUGCACGUCUGACAGUCUCUGCGUCACAUGCCUGGUUUGUUUUGACACAAGCGUUAGCCACAUAGCAUCAUGUCCGACAACCAGAGCUGGAACUCCUACGGCUCCGAGGAGGAUUUAGAGCCCAAAGAGGAGCCUGCACAUCCUGUUGGGAACGCCCGGUUCAGUGGAGUCCUCAGUAAGUGGACAAACUACAUCCAUGGCUGGCAGGACCGUUGGGUGGUGCUGAAAAGCAACACACUGAGCUACUACAAGUCCCAGGAUGAGACCGAGUAUGGCUGUCGAGGUUCCCUCUGCCUUAGUAAAGCUGUUAUUACUCCUCAUGAGUUUGAUGAGUGCCGGUUGGACAUCAGUGUGAACGACAGUGUGUGGUACCUGAGAGCACAAGACCCAGAGCACAGAUACCAGUGGAUUGACUCCAUUGAGCUGCACAGGGUUGACUGUGGUUAUGGCUCAGAGUCCAGUCUGCGGAGACGUGGCUCCAUGCUGUCUCUUACGUCAGCCACCAGCGGCUUCUCUGCCACCUCCACAUCCUCCUUCAAGAAGGGUCACAGCCUGAAAGAGAAGCUGGCAGAGAUGGAGACCUUCAGAGAUAUUUUGUGCAGGCAGGUGGACACGCUUCAGAAAUACUUUGACAACUGUUCAGAUGCAGAGUCCAAGGAUGAGCUGCAGAGGGACAAAAUCGUGGAGGAUGAUGAAGAUGACUUCCCCAACACCCGCACAGAUGGAGAGUUUGUGCACAACAACAAUGGUAGCAAAGAAAAAUUGUUCCAGUCUUUGAGUCCCAAGGGAAUCAAUGGCAUAGACUUCAAGGGGGAAGCCAUCACAUUCAAGGCAACCACAGCCGGGAUCCUGUCCACUCUGUCCCACUGCAUCGACCUGAUGGUGAAGAGAGAGGACAGCUGGCAAAAGAGAGUGGAUAAGGAGAUGGAGAAGAGGCGAAGAAUAGAGGACAGCUACAAAUCAGCCCUCAAAGAAUUGAAGAAAAAGUCUCACUUUGGAGGUCCCGAUUAUGAGGAGGGUCCAAACAGCCUCAUUAAUGAGGAUGAGUUCUUUGAUGCAGUUGAGGCUGCUCUUGACAGACAAGACAAAAUUGAGGAGCAGUGCCAGACUGAAAAGACAAGGAUACAGAGAUCCAGCCCUGUUCCCCUUUUAGACGUCUACUCCAGCACUGGCUCACACAGAUUCUCUGAUAAGCCUCAUAGUCAGCCCCCUCCUACUUUGAUAGUCAGGGCCGCUCCUGACGAUGUCCACAGAUUCAGUGCAGAGGUGGAGGAGAUGGUGCAGAGUCACAUGACCUACUCCCUGCAGGAUGUUGGUGGAGAGGCCAACUGGCAGCUGGUUGUGGAAGAGGGAGAAAUGAAGGUGUACAGGAGAGAGGUGGAAGAAAAUGGGAUCGUUCUGGACCCUCUGAAGGCCACUCACUCAGUAAAGGGGGUGACUGGCCAUGAGCUUUGCCACUACUUUUGGGACACCUCCUACCGCAACGACUGGGAGACCACGAUUGAAAACUUCAAUGUUGUGGAGACGUUGUCGGAAAACGCAGCAAUUGUCUAUCAAACGCACAAGCGGGUGUGGCCUGCAUCUCAGAGGGACGUUCUGUACCUGUCCGCCAUGAGAAAGAUCUUAGCCAACAACGAGAACGACCCCGACACCUGGCUGGUCUGCAACUUCUCUGUGGAUCAUGACGAUGCUCAGCCGACCAACAAGUGUGUCCGCGCCAAAAUCAACAUCGCCUUGAUCUGUCAGACCCUGGUCAGUCCACCAGAGGGAGACAAAGAGAUCAGCAGAGACAACAUCAUGUGCAAAAUCACAUACUUCGCUAAUGUAAAUCCAGGAGGCUGGGCUCCUGCCUCCGUGCUCAGGGCCGUGGCUAAGAGAGAGUACCCCAAGUUCCUCAAGCGCUUCACCUCCUACGUCCAGGAGAAAACAUCCAGCAAACCCAUCUUAUUUUGAACCUCACAGAAACACGAGGACAGGACUCCCCUUGAUUCCCUGCUGCGAUGAAGACACAAGUUCCCAGUGGGGAUUUUUUCCUCCUCAUCAGUUGUUACUACAAGUCAGUUCCAGUAGGAUGUGUGUGUAAUAACUGCAUCCUCUGGCUGCAUUCAAAAAUUAGUGCGAGAACCCUGUACCCCUGAGACAGUUAUACAGAAAAAAAAAUGAACAAUUUCAAGAGCGCUUAAUAUUUGUUUUUAUUCCUCUUCAUUGUGGUUUAUUGGAUUGAAAGAUUAAACUGCAGCUUUGCAGAAGGCAUGAGAAACUGGUAUCAGCAGACACCACAUCACCCCCCCACGUUUCAUGGUCCUGCAGAGAACUGACUAUCAGAGCAGCCACCAAGUCAGUCUGCAUCUCUGACAAGUAUAUUAAUAUAUCAAUGUACGUAUGUUCAAUAAGAAAUUUGUAAAAAGGAAAUUGUAGAUCUUUACUAGCAGACUGUAAUAUUAAGUUCAUAUUAUGCUUGUUUUUGCUGAAGUCAUUUCCCAGCAUUAUUUGUAAGCUGCUAACUUUAUCGAGUUAAAACAUGAUUGAUUUGAGAUGAUCAUCUUUUCUGUGUUGAGUCCAGAGGGCUGUCAUGAACCCGUGACCCCUAUGAAGUAAGAUUUGAACUUUUUGACUCCGUCUCUCUCAUGAAAAACGCCUCACGUCGGUGCUGAUGGAGAGAUGAGCUGAAGAGUUUAUAUUUAUUUAAAUGCACAAAAGAGAGUUUGUCUACAUCGUUAGCCCGGCUUUAUUUCUGUGUCAUUGUUGAUAAGUUCCAGUUUCGUAGCAUAUCCUGUAUUUUGAAUGUUAAAUGAAAUGUAAAUAGUGUCACUAACAUUUUCAGCGAAGGUCCUCCAAGAGUUUUUAUGAGAGUCGAGCCCAAAUGCCUUAGUGUUACAGGAAGUUGUAGCUUCAGUUGGGUGUCAGGGUGCGGUUAGUGCACCCGGUAAAUCACUAGUGAAGUGCCUCAUGGCUUAUUUCCCUAUAUUAUUCUCCUUCUCCAACUGGAGACUAUUUCAAAUGUGUCCUGCGAGUCAUUUGCCGAGAGCUAGCGGGAUGUUUUAGGUCUAGUGUCAGAAAAGCAACAUUUCAGUUCAUAUUCUUGCUGUUUCUUACAUGUGCUGCGUACUGAUAUGACAACCACUUAGUCAGGUUGGGUCGAUGUGUCAUGUAUUUUCUGUCCAAGACUGUUGAUAAUACACGUGCAAAGCUAAAAAGUCCAAAGUACCUGAGUUGAUUUUUACAAGAACUUCUUCCAUGAUGACUUUUGGUUUUAAGUUUUGAUCGCGUUCCCUUAUUUUCCAGACUUAUCAAAGUAAACUUUCUCAGCUCUUGUACCAUUUCAACUUGUGGACAUCCAACGUCUUGGGUCAUAUCACUGAUGUUAAUUUGCAGCCGUGUUUAUCAGUCUUCAGUCUUUAGAGCUUGUGGCUGACUGAUGUGGGUGAGAGAACAAGUGAAGCCAGAUGACACUCAGCCUUUCAGCUGAGUGGGAAGACGCCACACUAAGCUCUCUCACCUGAAGCCAGACAUUUCUAAAACAAGUUUAGUUCUUCACAGGUUGAAUGUGAUUAGAGAAACAUUUUUGUAAAUUAUUUGUUCAUACUAAUGCUGUGGGAUCAACUUACAAAAUGUACUGUGACAACGUGGCACUUGUGCCCUGUUUUAAAAGUGAAAUAAAUAAGUUUAUCCUUCA